AUGUCUCAAUCCAUAUAUUCAUACUCCCUCUCAACCCUCGGCAUCUGCGUCACCCGGACGAAAAAAAUUCCGGUGAUGAAGCGAUAUCAGAUACCACCAUCACCAUUCCCUCGAACAAAAUCUCCAAGACAACAUAUUGAUAAGGCCAAAAUAUCAGAAGGAAAAUUUGCUCUUCUAUUAUCAAAAUGGAAAUAUAUCAGUAACUACAUUGCUUUAUACCUUCGUCCUAAGACCCUGCUCUCGUGUCGCCUCACCUCGUCGCUUCUACCCCUCACCCUUCUAAUUCAACGAGGCUCACCUGUAGAAAAUUCACCUCUAAAAGUUGACAAAUUAGCCCUGAAUCUAAGUUAUAUUCCUUCUGUCUUAGAGGAAACUCCCAUGACCACGAAGCAUGUCACCAACUAUAUUAGAGCUUCGGCGGGAAGCUCAAAUACAGGCUCCCCAGCACCCCUCAUCGAAUUAACAGAGGCACCAGACGAGCAAAAUACUCCUGAUCAAGAUGCUUGCCACCAAUAUCUCUUAAAGAGAUAUGAACGCUAUGGCCGUGUAGUUAUCCUAAGAUACAUAUUGGCUAAAGUCUCUGGGAUUAGAUAUGAAGCAAAUAAUCGAAUAGUUGGUGCACAGCGAAUUCAAACGACAUUCUAUUCUGAACCGAGUUGA